AUGUCCUCUGAGUGGAAGCAGAGGUGCGCAGAGGAGUGGGGACUGCAGAGCGCUCCUUUCCCAGACUCUGUGGACUGGAAGUUUGUUUAUGAAGCGCAGCCCUUCAACAGGAACUUACUGAAGAACCCGUCUCCCUACGCGGUCAGUCAUGACAGUGCGUCCGGCGAAGGGGAGUCCUCCUCAGGGCCUCCUCGACGGCCUCUCUGUAUUCCUGGCUUUAUUGAAGGAGACUUCAGUGACUGGACCACAAGCACCGAGAAUAUUGCAUCCGACACGAGCAAGAUCCCCAAAGGAGCAAUUGUGUGCGCAACGUCUAAAUAUAGCUGGCACACUCUGGAGCAGCUUGUGGACCUGAAGGCUGAAGGACUGUGGGAGGCUCUACUGGAUGAGUUUCGACCAGAGAUUUUGAUCCAGGACUGGUACGAGGAGAACGGUCAAUGCGUCAAUCUACCAGCUCCAGGUCCGGCUGCUGGGAGAGGACAAAACGAGUGUGAUCGCUGA